UAUCCCCAUCCCCAUCAAUAUGGGCCGAUCCCGUUCGGCCCAAAUAGGCUUCCGGUAUAGUGACUGAAGACCAAUUAAGAAUCCGGACCAUAUUGUACCCCGUAUAGUCACUUCUCUGAGUCGAUCCCAUCCGGCCCAAAAAAGAUCUGGCCGAUAUUGUACCCCGUAUAAUCACUUCCUGACCUCCUCAGGGCUGCUUUACAUCUAUCGAUCUGGUACCCAAAUCCAUGCCGGUCCGCUGAUCGCCGCCGGUUUCGACCCGCCUCGAUGACGAUGCUCCGGCUUCUCAUCCUCCAUCGCAGUCGGCGUCUCCGCUGCCCGACCACUAUCAUCAGUCCCGGCAUCACCGCCGCCUCCAAUUUCUCCAACCAUGGCGAAAGCCUCGCCCUAGCGCUCCGAUAUCCAGGGUUUGCGUGCACCUCAUCCACCUUUUCCACGGCCGGCGAUGCUCGGAGGCGCCGCAGGAGGCGGACGAAGCCGCCGCCCGUGGACCAGUCCCUGCUCGACCUCGCCGUCUCCCGGCUGCCCCCUCGCUUCUCAGCUCCCGACCUCGCCGAUGCCCUCGCCUGCCUCCCUGACCCCCGCCUGUGCCCCCACCUCUUCUCCUGGGCCAUGGACCGCCACCGCCGCCGCCUCACCGCCGACCACUCCCCCUUCCUCGCGGCCGUGAAGCGUCUCGGCGCCGCCCGCCUCUACCGCGACAUGGACGCCGUCGCCUCCCUGGUCCUCGCCCUUCCCUUUUCUCUCCCCCCCGCCGAACCCCACCUCAACACCCUCCUCUACUUCUACGCCGAGGCUCGCAUGCUCCCCAAGGCCGUCCACGUCUACACCCGCAUGCGCGCCUCCCCGGACCCCGCUGCCCACCCCACCGCCGCCACCUACAACCUCCUCUUCGCCGCCAUGCUCGGCCACGACGACGCCAGCUCCUACAUCCACCACGUCCACAUGGGCACCGUCCGCCUACUCUUCCGCCAGAUGGUCGACGCCGGCAUCGCGCCCGACCGCCUCGCCCUCAAUGCCAUUGUCAAGGGCUACGCCCAGUCGCUGCACCUCAACGACGCGCUCCGGGUGUUCCACCAGAUGGGGCCGGUGCACGGGUGCGAGCCCGACGAGCACACGUACAGCCUCCUGGUGCACGGGCUGUGCGCGCAGGGGAGAACGCGGAACGCGCGGGAGCUGUUCGUGGAAAUGCGGGGGAAGGGGAUGGUGCCGAGCAGGCGAGCGUGCAACUCGCUCGUCUGCGCGCUGGCGUUGGCGGGGGAGACACGGGACGGGGAGGAGGUGAUGUGGGGGGUGGCGCGGGUGGGGAGGGCGCCCGACCUGAUCACCUGCAGGACGCUGCUGGAGGAGAUUUGCCGGCAGGGGAGGGUGGGGGAAGCGAUGGAGCUGCUGAGGAAGAUGGGGGAGGAGGAGUUGGUGGACGGCCGGAUACAACGGGAGCUCCAGCACGGGAUCGAGGAUGAGUUCGGAGACUUGGAUGCUUAGGAGGAAUUGAGACGUGAGAGGUGAUAUGAUUGAGGUAUCGCCCAGUUUGGGAAAAGGAAGAGGGGAGUUGUGGGAUCGAGUCAACCCUGGGAAGUAUCAGGGCUGAUGCCGCCUCUCUGUGACUAGAUGAGUUGGCCUCGUAGUCGCACACAUUAGCUUGGCGGGAGACCACGUCAGCCUUGGCAGUCUCAACCAAAGCAUCCACCAAGAAGUAUAUGCAGAUGCCGAAAGGAGUUUAUUGUUAUCAUGCCAAUAAAGCGUUUUAUUCGGUCAUACAGGAAAAUAAAUGAUAGUUUACUCGUG